AAUGCAUUUUUAAGAGUUCCAGAAAAGAAAUUCAAGAAGUAAAAGCUUAGCUUUACCAAAGAUAGAAAUAAUAAAAAAGACAGAACCAUGUCCUAUCAUUAAAAAAAAAGAAGAAUAAUCUUUUGAUAAAUAGAGAAAAAUAAUAUAUUGUUCCUACCAAAGAGAUUUAAAAUAAGUAUACUUUAUUAUUAUUAUUAUUAGAUGAAAAGAUCUUUUGAAAUAUCAUAAAAAUUAGAUUAAGAUGAUCAUCGAAUAAUGAAAUAAAAAACCUUAGACAUAAAACCAAAAUAAAAAGUAACCCAAAAACAUGAUGACAAUACAUUUCUAACAUAUGUUUGA